CUUUCUUAUUCUCCGGAACAGAUACCUUUCAGGGUAAAACGCUCCAAUCGUCCUCGAACUACGACUUCUCGAUAUUAUAUGAACAAUGUCUGGUUUUAGCCAAGGCCAUCAACGCACACUUCUCCCUGCCACCGAACUACCGCCUGCCCCUAAACCCCGCGUCGUUCUCCCGCAUUACCCCAGAGUCGGUGUCACGAUUGCCUGUGAAACCUGUCGAAAGCGAAAGAUCAGAUGCAAUGGGAAUCGACCUCGCUGUAAAGGCUGCAUCCGAGCUGGGUCAGAAUGCAACUACGUGCCCAUGAAUAAAGAUCACGAGUUACGACAACGUUACGAACAUCUACAAAUCGAAAAGACGGAUUAUCAAAAGCUUAUCUACUUACUUCGAUCACGAGACCACAAAGAAGCGCAUGUCAUUCUUGAUAUGCUACGGCAAAACACGAGCGUACACGAGGUUCUUAGCCAGGUUGAGCACGGCGAUAUGUUAUGCGAGCUGUCUCUUGUGUCUGGAGAGAGGUAUAGUAUAUUAUUUCUUAUUCCUUCGCCCCGCGGAUUCUCCUACCAUGCGCAGAGAGCCCUUGUGACUGACCGUGAGCUCAGAGUAUGCAAUAGCUCAAGCAGGUCACGAGCCAUCGAGAGCCCUCGGUCACUGCAAUCGGAGAGCGACUGA